UUUUGACCUUGAGAAUGUAUGAGAAGCCAUUGGAGGCACGCGCAUGCGUAUCGGGUUUAGUCCGAGAGUGUAUAAUCAAUAUCUGAAGCAGACAGCAAUCCGACCCUAACAAUACGUGGACCACAACAAAUAUCGGGAUCCAACAAAAUGUUACCGACAUUCGUGUUCCUUCUGUCUUUAACGGGAAUCUAUUGUGAGCCAGAGACAGUGAGGGAUAAUUUCGACUAUUUCAGUUAUAAUUUGCCGAAGGAUGAAAUCGUUUUACGGCCCCAAGAAGUGAAGGAUUGGCCCCAAACGUCGCUGAACGUGGGCCAGAUAACUGCAGUGUCCAUUAAUUCUUUGGGACAACCUGUGAUAUUCCACAGGGCUGAGCGAGUAUGGGACGAAAGCACUUUCAACGAAUCCAACGUCUACCAAGACCUGGACAAGGGUCCGAUCAUAGAGGAUACUAUCCUAGUCUUGGACCCUCACACUGGAUCUGUGCUGCAUAGCUGGGGAGCUUACGCUUUCUACAUGCCACAUGGGCUGACUGUGGAUCACCAUGACAACGUUUGGGUCACAGACGUUGCUAAGCAUCAAGUUUUUAAGUACAUUCCAAACAAUCACAAAUACCCAACAUUGACGAUCGGAGAAGCGUUCACCGCCGGCUUCCCAUUCAGACGUCGUUCACCAGUCCACUACCUUUGCAUGCCAACUUCUGUCGCUGUCGCCACCACGGGAGAAAUAUUCGUCGCUGAUGGCUAUUGCAACAACCAGAUCUUGAAGUUCAACGCAGCUGGAAAGCUGUUACUGGCUAUACCAUCCGUUUCUGAAUCUUGGACCUUAAAUGUCCCUCAUAGCGUGACCUUAUUGGAGCAUUUGGACCUGGUCUGCGUCGCUGAUAGAGAGAACAUGAGGAUUGUCUGCCCUAAGGCUGGUUUGAAGAGCUACGUGGAUAGGUUUGAUGAACCGACCACUGUUAUUGAGGAUCCUACACUCGGCAGGGUUUUCGCCGUUGCGUCUCACGGUGACACGAUAUACGCUGUGAACGGACCGACGUCUCAGAAUAUUGCUGUGCGAGGUUUUACUGUGAAUGCGUUCUAUGAGAAUAUUUUGGAUACCUGGGAACCGACCACUGGCUUCACCAACCCCCACUCAGUGGCUGUCACAAGAAACGGCUCCCACCUCUACGUCACAGAAAUAGGACCGAACAAGAUAUGGAAGUUCGAACUAACAGACGUUUAUGAUAAAAAGUAAAUGUAUUAGAAGAAAACUAUAUAGAACAAUGUUUAACUAACUUCAGAGUAUAUUAGUUCGCUUGGCGGUGAAUAAAAUUCACCGAACAUAGGAAAGAUAUGCAUGUAUAUGAUGAUUCUAGGAAUAUAUUGAUAUUACUAUACGCUCCUAAUUAAAAUACUACAAUAUAACCAGACUUAGUAGUUCUAGUAAUACUAUAUUAGUGUUCUUUAACGCUUCUACGUAAGAACUCACUUCAAUAUACCGUAGAGGAUUUAAAUUUGCUUCUACAUGUAAUGGGAAUAAAGUUCAUUUUCAAUUAACCAAGUCAAAUUGCCGUAUAGAUUUGAACUUAAUACAUAUUUAUGUACGUAAAUGUUCCUGCCAUAUUGGCUAAUUUAUUUAAUGAGAAAUAUAAUGUAUGGUAAUGAAGAGAAAUGUUUAAUGUUGGUGUAAUUAAAGGGCCAAAAAAACACGCACAGAAAAUUAAUUGAUUGAACCUUUAAGACCUAAAAAGCUAAGCGAUUGUACACGCGGGUAUCAUUAAAGGAUUUUAUGUCUUCCUACUUGGAAAUAAGGUACUAAUUUACUUCCCGUAAUAAUAAUAAUUUUUUACUCUCUGAUUUACAUUUCAUCAACUAAUUUAAAGUCAGUUUAAGUUUCUAUAGAGCACAGAAUAAAAAUCAAAUGCGUAGAAACUUAGAAAGUUUAAAGUAAGACAAGGUAACAUUUUUUAAAUAGUUUAAGUUAAACAUACCAGUCUGAAAUGUUAAUUUGGGUCAAUUUGAAUUGAUUUCACCUCCUUUCUUUUAAUCAAUGGGCCUAAAAUUCAGUACACACAUUUAUUUUUAAUGGCAACACUACUAAUAUGUGUACAAUCGUCUUUAGCUGGUAGUGUAUGAAAUAUAUUUUCAUAAAAGUAAAAGUAGAGGAAAUUUUGGCUUUCUAGUUAGAAAACUAUGUCUAAAUGAAUGUGGUAGUAACUUCUGAUAGUAUUAAACUAAAGGACCAAAUUGGCAUGUUCACGUCAAAAAAGAAAUUAAAAAUUUGGUUGAAAAAAUAAAAUAUAGAUUCGAAACACGGAAUUUGAAGUUCAUAAUUUUAUUUAUUUAUUUUACUAAGUAUUUACAGAAUAAUUUAAAGUUUCAUAACAGAUAGAUACACAAAAAUAUUAUAGAUAGAAAAGAAGUUUAUUUUAUAUCCAAACUUACAGAUAAAUUAAAUAACAUUUACAAUUAUAUAAAAAACUUAUAAUUUAUAAUUACAGAUACUUAUAUUUAUAGUACCUAUAUUAUAAGAAUGGAACUAGACAUGACCUUGUCACUUUCUGCUUAUCACAUGGAAUUACAAUACAUACCUUUA